AUGGCUGCCAAAGCACUCCAUUCUAACCAAAAACUCUUCACUCUCUCCCUCAUACUUCUCUCUUUAUCACUUCUAUUUCUGAUUUCAUUUUUCGGAUCGAAAUCUAAUAUCAUCUAUUCGUUUAGACUCGAGACGGAUCAAACAAAUCAGGUGUUCGAGAAUCCGAGGUGGUUUGAUCUUAUUCAAGAAGAGCUUAAUGGUGAUAAGAAGAUUAAGGUUGGUUUAGUUAAUUUCAAUGAGGAAGAAGAGAGUCAACUUAAAGUUCAUGGACAUGGUUUGAUAGUUAGUACCGUUCACGUACAUUUUGAUCGUGUGUCCAAGGUAAGGAAAUGGGAGGAUUUUUUCCCUGUUUGGAUUGAUGAAGACCCGGACUCUUCCCCACCGACGUGUCCGGAGAUCCCCAUGCCACGGCCGAUGGAGGAGUAUCGGGACCUCAACGUCAUGGUGGCUAGGGUACCGUGUGAAGGGUGGACGGUUGAGGCAGGGAUGAGGGAUGUGUUUAGGUUACAAGUGAACCUGGUGGUGGCCAAUCUUUUGGUGAGGAGUGGUAGGGCCACGAGAUACGUGGUGUUCGUCGGCGAUUGUGGACCGAUGCCGGAGAUAUUCAGAUGCGAUGACCUGUUGAGGAAAGAAGGGGAUCAUUGGGUGUACAAGCCUGAGUUGAGGAGGCUGAAACAGAAGGUGCACAUGCCUUUUGGGACAUGCCAGAUUGCUUAUCCAUUUGGAAAAACAGGUUCUAAACAAUUUUGUUUAUAUUCCGUAGAUGAAGCAAAUCAAAAUAAGCUGAAAAGCCGCCAUUUCAACCACAAGGAAGCCUAUGUAACAGUUCUUCACUCCUCGGAAGCUUAUGUUUGCGGCGCAAUAGCUUUGGCACAAAGCAUUAUCCGAACCAAUUCAACGAGAGAUUUACUUCUGCUUCACGAUGAACACAUCUCCCCAAAAUCCUUAACAGGUCUAAGAGCCGCCGGGUGGAAAACCAGGCAAAUCGAACGAAUUCGAAGCCCCUUUGCCGAGAAAGGUUCAUACAACGAAUGGAAUUACAGCAAGCUUCGGAUUUGGUUGCUCACAUGGUACCACAAGGUUGUUUUCAUCGAUUCAGAUUUCCUGGUUUUCAAAAACAUGGAUAGCCUCUUCCUUUACCCUCAGCUCUCGGCUGCCGCCAACGAUAAAACGCGGUUCAAUUCCGGGAUCAUGGUGAUCGAGCCUUCACUGUGUACGUUUGAAGAUUUGAUGGUGAAAAGCUUCAAAUUGGGUUCGUACAAUGGAGGGGACCAAGGGUUUCUCAAUGAAGCGUUCACUUGGUGGCACAGGGUGCCUUCACGGAUGAAUUUCCUCAAAUACUUUGAAGGCAACCAAAGUUCCGAUCGUAAUAAGGUACCCGAUGAUGUUUCUGCGAUUCAUUAUCUGGGUUUGAAGCCAUGGAUGUGUUACAGAGACUAUGAUUGUAAUUGGGAUCGAAAGGGAAGACAAGUGUUUGCGAGUGAUAAAGCUCACGAGAAAUGGUGGCAACUGUAUGAUGAAAUGCCCGAGAGACUCCAACAAUACUGUGGGUUGACCGAAGACAUGAUUUGGAGGAUCAAGACAUGGAGAAAGGUUGCUAAGAAUCUAAGGCUGCCUGAUGAACAUUGGAAUAUCAGUGUAACUGAUCCUAGACAGUACAAUCUUGUUCAACAAAGAAAAGGGUAUGAAGCAAAUCAAAAUAAGCUGAAAAGCCGCCAUUUCAACCACAAGGAAGCCUAUGUAACAGUUCUUCACUCCUCGGAAGCUUAUGUUUGCGGCGCAAUAGCUUUGGCACAAAGCAUUAUCCGAACCAAUUCAACGAGAGAUUUACUUCUGCUUCACGAUGAACACAUCUCCCCAAAAUCCUUAACAGGUCUAAGAGCUGCCGGGUGGAAAACCAGGCAAAUCGAACGAAUUCGAAGCCCCUUUGCCGAGAAAGGUUCAUACAACGAAUGGAAUUACAGCAAGCUUCGGAUUUGGUUGCUCACAUGGUACCACAAGGUUGUUUUCAUCGAUUCAGAUUUCCUGGUUUUCAAAAACAUGGAUAGCCUCUUCCUUUACCCUCAGCUCUCGGCUGCCGCCAACGAUAAGACGCGGUUCAAUUCCGGGAUCAUGGUGAUCGAGCCUUCACUGUGUACGUUUGAAGAUUUGAUGGUGAAAAGCUUCAAAUUGGGUUCGUACAAUGGAGGGGACCAAGGGUUUCUCAAUGAAGCGUUCACUUGGUGGCACAGGGUGCCUUCACAGAUGAAUUUCCUCAAAUACUUUGAAGGCAACCAAAGUUCCGAUCGUAAUAAGGUACCCGAUGAUGUUUCUGCGAUUCAUUAUCUGGGUUUGAAGCCAUGGUGUGGUUACAGAGACUAUGAUUGUAAUUGGGAUCGAAAGGGAAGACAAGUUUUUGCGAGUGAUAAAGCUCACGAGAAAUGGUGGCAACUGUAUGAUGAAAUGCCUGAGAGAUUCCAACAAUACUGUGGGUUGACCGAAGACAUGAUUUGGAGGAUCAAGACAUGGAGAAAGGUUGCUAAGAAUCUAAGGCUGCCUGAUGAACAUUGGAAUAUCAGUGUAACUGAUCCUAGACAGUACAAUCUUGUUCAAUAAAGAAAAGGGUGUGAAAUU